AAUGAGUACAAAGUAUAUCGUUUGUAGUCUUGUGUUUACUAUUGGAUGUUGGACUGUUCCUAAUGCCAUGGAAUUAAUAUAUUCUCAUUUCCUUCUUAUUUGAAUUCGAAUAAUGUGUCACUCAGCUGCAGAACACUCCUGCGUCUAGAUGAUUUGUGUUUGUAGGCGUGUUAUUAUGUCAUGAUUUAAGCUUCAUUCUUCGAUGGGACUAGCGUAAAAGAAUUUGAUUUCAUUGAAAUGCCAAUCACUUGUUGCAAAUCCACUAACUGUGCACUCUUCUUCUUGAGAGUACUCAUUUACUUCAAAUACACCAUUCAUAAUGCGAAUACUGAGAGUAUACAAUUAUCAUCACAAAAGCAACCAUAUUAUUCUCAUUUCAUUGAACAGGAUAAUAGAGAUAUCGAUUCAUCAAUGGAUAAUAGUCAUUUAGACAAGACAAAUUUACCUUAUGUAUUGAAUACAGACAGUUCAAAAUCAUGUGUAUGCUGGAAGUGGCCAAGUUGUGCUAGCAAUUGUACACUUGAUCCAUUAUUGAAAUCAGCUGUACAAUCAGAUUAUGGAUAUUUAUCCCGUGUACCCCUACCAUUCACUAUACUAUUCCCCUAUCAAGCAAGAAAAUCACGUAACAAUUAUGAUACAUCUACACUAGGCAGACAAGGUGGUUACUUUCAGAAUACUCGAUUCUGGCUUAUUACGCCCAAUCAACAGUAUAUAUUAUUGAAGUUACAAAGAUCUCGGAUAUUUAGUCAUUCAGGUAAUUACUCUACACUAUAUUAUCAAAAGAAAACCGGUGGACAAAUGUAUGAAUUUGAAUCUGAUAAAUUGAAGAAUUGUUUUUACACUGGUACAGUGAAUCAAACAGAUGAACGAGUCAAUUCAGAUAUGCCAAUUUCUUCAUCUUAUGUUGCUGUAGAUACAUGUUUUGGCUUACAUGGUAUUAUUCAUUAUGCGAAUCAAACAUAUGGUAUACGACCGUUGCAUUGUUCACAGUGUGAUUCUACUGCAGUCCCACACGUGCUUUAUCCACAUCGACCAACCUCAAUAAGUAGAGACGUUGAAUUACCAGUUUUCUGGCGACCUACUGAUAUCUUUAGUAUGAUGAAUCGAAGACCUUUAUUGAAAAGCGAUACUCCUAAAAUCUUUAUCAUAAAUCUCGCCUUGACUCUUGACCAUCAUUUAUUUACAAAUUUAGGUCAUAACCUUGAACGUGGCAUUCACUAUUUGAGCAGUGUGCUAAAUCAAGUCACCAAGUCAUUUCAUAAUCUACCAGUUGAAUUACACCUAAUUCAGUCAGAAAUAUGGACAAUACGUGAUUUGAUCCCAAUAGAUGGAAGUAUUAAAACGACAUUGAAUAAUUUUGCGCAUAUGAUGAUACACCGUCGACGUAAACACUCAAAUUCUUCAUUAUUGACAAAGGUGAUAGAUUAUAAAAGUCUCUUGAAUUCUUCUGGUAGAAAUGAUUCAUUUAGACAUCAUCGUAUUCAUCGACGAUCAGUUGCUUCAAGUGAUUUCCGUAAACCAUCAUCGUCAUCAUCGACAACUACAAUACCUUCAAGUAAUCCAUCGUUAUUUACAAAACGUUUUGAUAUCCAAUUAUUACUUACUAGUAAACAGUUCACUGAUUCAGUUGAGUAUUUGGCUAUACCAGAUAGUAUAUGUACACCAAGAGCUUUAGGAGUGAUUCAAGUAAACAGUACUGAAAUGGAUUAUCAUGUUUCCAGAUUGAUAUCUUUGGCUAUUGCAGAAAUACUCGGUGUUAAAUCAUUCCCAUGUCCACCAUUGUACAGUUGCAACUCUUCUGAUCUCUUUUCCGAUGGUGAUAAUUCUCGUCUUCAACUUGCUCUAUCCUCUGGUAUGGCUGAUUGUUUACUGGACAAUAGUGGAUCAAAGGAUCUUAAAUCUUUUAUUGAUGCCUGUGGUAAUGGUCAUAUUGAUCGUGGUGAAGAAUGUGAUCCUGGUGUUCGUUUAACUACUACUGUCACUUCUGUCAAUCUUACUAAUCCAAUGUCAUGUUGUAAUCUUGAUACAUGUCUAGCUUCUGUAUGGGCAGUGUGUACACAUGGUCCAUGUUGUCAUCAAUGUCGUUUAAAACCUAAAGGAAGUGUUUGUCGUCCAGCUUUUGAUCAAUGUGAUCUACCAGAAUUUUGUACUGGUACACAACCAUCCUGUCCACUUGAUUUAUACUUGGAAAAUGGUUCCCCAUGUCUUACUCAUACGAUCCAAUCAUUGUUAGACAGUACUUCAUCAUCAUCAUCGUCACUAGCAACAGCGCCUGUGAAUGGACAGCAGAACAAUUCAUCACCAUCUAAUCAUAGAUCUUUAUGCUAUCAAGGCAGAUGUCCAACACGUCAUAGCCAGUGUCAAAUGAUUUGGGGACAAACAGCUACAGAAGCAGAUGAUUACUGCUUUCAUUUACAUAAUACUAAAACAGAUGGAGCUUGCGGUGUAAAGGGGAAGAAUUGUGCUUCUGAACAUGCAAAAUGUGGCCUUUUACAAUGUCAAGGCGGUAAACCUAGACCAACAUCUUUAGAAGCUCAAUCUGGUCAACCAUUUGUCACAUAUACAGAACAUCAUGGACGUCAGUUUGAAUGCAAGUGAGUUCUCUAGGGAUUUUUUUUUCAACACGGUAGGAACAACUUUUUUAUUAUUUACUUUAGUUUGUUUGUAUCGUACUUAGUAGUGAUUCACCGUCUACUUCAACGUGCCAUACAUGCUAUGGGAAACUGGAUUAGGUUAGAAGAAGCUGCAGAGUGACAAGAUCGAAACGUGGCAUCAGUCGAUGGCGCAGAUGUAUUCAUUACUCUCUGAUGUCUUUCAAAGCUUAAAUAUUUGCAGUGAUCUUUAUCUUCAGAUUGUUUAU